CUCGGGUCGCUGCCGCCAUCCUGCUGGCGAAAGAGAGGCGAGAGACAGAGAGGCCCGCCCGCUAGCCGGCCCGGCCAGUGUGGGCCAGUGCGUGAGGGCGCGGGGGGCCGUGUCAGCGCGACGCAGAGCGCAGCCGCCACCGCCAAACGGACAUGUUGGAGCCCCGCGCUGCCGCCACCUCCCUUCCCUUCUCCGGCGCACGGGACUGAGCGGGGGCCCGCCGCUUCUGACUGCGCUCGACCGGCCCGGCCUCGCCGCCUCGGCCGCAGCCCCUUCCUGUUCGGCCUCCGCCGCUCGUCGCCUCCCGUCCUCCUCCCCCCCACGCCCCAGGCCCUGCCGGCUCCCGGCCCUGCUCCGCCGCGGCGCGAGGUCUAUGUGACCGGCGGGCCCGGAGCAGCCGCCGCCGCCGCAACGCGAACAUGGACGCCGUCAACGCCUUCAACCAGGAGCUUUUUUCACUGAUGGACAUGAAACCUCCCAUCUCUAGAGCCAAAAUGAUUCUGAUUACUAAAGCUGCUAUUAAAGCUAUUAAGCUUUACAAGCAUGUUGUUCAGAUAGUAGAGAAAUUCAUCAAAAAGUGUAAACCAGAAUACAAGGUUCCAGGAUUAUAUGUCAUUGAUUCCAUUGUGAGACAGUCUCGUCAUCAGUUUGGAACUGAUAAAGAUGUUUUUGGGCCAAGGUUCUCUAAAAAUAUAACUGCUACAUUCCAAUAUUUAUAUCUUUGUCCAUCUGAAGAUAAGAGUAAAAUAGUUCGUGUGCUAAAUCUUUGGCAAAAAAAUGGAGUAUUCAAAAUUGAAAUUAUUCAGCCUCUUUUGGACAUGGCAGCAGGAGCCAGUAAUGCUGUUCCAGUAGCAGAAAAUGUCACCAACAAUGAAGGCUCACCUCCACCCCCAGUAAAAGCCUCUUCUGAACUUGCACAAGCUCCCACAAACUCCAUGCCUGCUGUACCACAGUUGCCCAGCUCUGAUGCCUUUGCUGCUGUGGCUCAACUGUUUCAGACAACCCAAGGCCAGCAGCUGCAGCAGAUCCUUCAGACUUUUCAACAGCCUCCAAAACCACAGUCUCCCGCCCUUGACAAUGCUGUGAUGGCUCAGGUUCAGGCUAUCACAGCUCAGUUAAAGACAGCUCCUACACAACCACCUGAGCAAAAAGCUGCUUUCCCCCCACCUGAACAAAAAACUGCAUUUGACAAGAAGCUGCUUGAUAGAUUUGAUUAUGAUGAUGAGCCUGAAGCUGUGGAAGAUGCAAAGAAAGAGGAUGCUGCUGUCACCGCUGUAGCCUCUGCUGCUGCUGCUGCCCCUCCUACACCCACUGUGGCCACACCUGCUGUUGCUCCUGCUGUCCCAGUACCCUCCACCACCUCGCCCCCUCCUCCACAGGUGCCAUUUGGCUAUCCUGGGGAUGGCAUGCAGCAGACAGCCUACACACAACAUCAAAGUAUGGAUCAGUUUCCCCCUCGGAUGAUGGGAAUGCAGCAGGAUACAGUGCACCAUCAGGUUCCACUUCCUCCUAAUGGACAGAUGCCAGGAUUUGGGCUUCUCUCCGCACCUCCAUUUCCUCCCAUGCCACAGCCUGGGAUGGCCCAACCUGGGAUGCCACAGCCUGGGAUGCCACAGCCUGGGAUGGCCCAGCCUGGGAUGCCACAGCCUGGGAUGCCACAGCCUGGGAUGGCCCAGCCUGGGAUGCCGCAGCCUGGGAUGGCUCAACCUGGGAUGCCUCAACCUGGGAUGCCUCAGCCCGGAAUUCCCCCAACACCACCAGUACAACCAACUUUCCAACCUACUUUUCAGCCACAAAAUGAACCCCUUUCACAAAAACCACAUCAGCAGGAAAUGGAAGUAGAACAGCCUUGUAUCCCAGAGGUUAAGCGGCACGUGCCAGAGAGCAGAAAAUCAAGAUCUAGGUCAGCAUCCAGGUCACCAAAAAGAAGAAGAUCUAGAUCUGGCUCUAGGUCUCGGAGGUCCCGCCACCGACGUUCUCGGUCCCGGUCCAGGGACAGGCGACGGCACUCACCUCGGUCUCGAUCUCAAGAAAGACGGGAUCGAGAAAAGGAGAGGGAACGGCGACAAAAAGGCCUCCCUCAGAUCAAGUCAGAAACUGCAAGUGUUUGUAGUACCACACUGUGGGUGGGACAGCUGGACAAAAGGACUACUCAGCAGGAUGUUGCCAGUCUCUUAGAAGAGUUUGGUCCUAUUGAAUCAAUUAAUAUGAUUCCUCCCAGAGGUUGUGCCUAUAUCGUAAUGGUUCACAGGCAGGAUGCAUACCGUGCCCUGCAGAAACUGAGCCGGGGAAACUAUAAAGUGAACCAGAAAUCCAUAAAGAUUGCCUGGGCCUUAAACAAAGGAAUAAAGGCAGAUUAUAAGCAGUAUUGGGAUGUUGAAUUGGGUGUUACUUAUGUCCCGUGGGACAAAGUCAAACCUGAGGAGCUGGAGAGUUUUUGUGAAGGAGGAAUGCUGGACAGUGACACACUUAACCCAGAUUGGAAAGGCAUCCCCAAGAAGUCUGAAAAUGAAGUUGCUCAAAAUGGAGGUGCAGAAACCUCCCACACAGAUCCAGUGUCACCCGUACCUAAGCCUUUGCCUGUGCCUGUCCCUCCUAUUCCUGUUCCUGCGCCUAUAACAGUGCCACCUCCACAGGUCCCACCUCACCAGCCGGGCCCUCCUGUAGUUGGUGCUCUCCAGCCACCUGCUUUCACACCUCCCUUAGGAAUCCCCCCUCCAGGCUUUGGUCCUGGUGUUCCUCCUCCUCCUCCACCGUUUUUGCGCCCAGGAUUCAACCCUAUGCAUUUGCCACCAGGUUUUCUUCCUCCUGGACCCCCACCUCCUAUAGCUCCACCAGUAUCCAUCCCUCCUCCUCACACUCCACCAAACUCUGCUAUCGCUGGUAUAAAUGAAGACACUACAAAAGACUUAUCUAUUGGAAAUCCCAUUCCAACAGUGGUGUCUGGGGCUAGAGGAAACGCCGAGUCUGGUGACAGUGCGAAAAUGUAUGGCUCUGCUGUGCCACCUGCUGCACCCACGAAUCUGCCUACCCCUCCUGUAACCCAGCCUGUUUCACUUCUUGGCACUCAAGGAGUUGCACCUGGUCCUGUAAUUGGGCUCCAGGCACCAUCUUCUGGUCUUCUUGGUGCCAGACCUGGCAUGAUCCCACUCCAGCGCCCCCCAGGGAUGCCUCCACCUCACUUGCAGCGGUUUCCUAUGAUGCCACCUCGCCCCAUGCCACCGCACAUGAUGCAUAGAGGUCCGCCUCCAGGACCAGGGGGCUUUGCUAUGCCCCCACCUCAUGGAAUGAAAGGGCCCUUUCCACCACAUGGCCCUUUCGUUAGGCCUGGUGGAAUGCCAGGGCUUGGGGGCCCAGGCCCAGGCCCGGGAGGACCAGAAGAUAGAGAUGGAAGGCAGCAACAGCCGCAGCAACAGCAGCAGCAGCAGCCGCAACCACAGCCACCACAACAGUCACAGCCACCACCGUCACAGCAGCCAGCACCAGCUCAGCAGCAGCCACAGCAGUUUAGAAAUGAUAACAGGCAACAGUUCAAUUCAGGUAGAGACCAAGAAAGGUUUGGAAGAAGAUCUUUUGGAAAUAGGGUGGAAAAUGACCGGGAACGUUAUGGCAACCGUAAUGAUGAUAGAGAUAAUAGUAACCGUGAAAGGAGAGAGUGGGGAAGAAGGAGCCCUGACCGGGACAGACACAGAGACUUGGAAGAGAGAAAUAGGCGCUCUAGUGGGCAUCGGGACAGAGACAGGGAUUCUAGAGACAGAGAGUCUCGUAGAGAGAAGGAAGAGAAUCGAAAAGAGAAGCAUGAGCUCACAGACAGGGCAGGUGGUAGCAAAGCCAGUGAACCUCCCCUUAGCCAAGUGGGAAACGUAGACACUGUUUCAGAACUUGAUAAGGGGGAGGCCAUGGCCACAGUGGUAAAACCUGAAGAGUCACCUGCUGAGGCUACCUCAUCCGUUGAACCCGAGAAGGAUUCUGGCUCAGCAGCAGAGGCUCCUCGCUAGAGACUGGAUAUGACAGAAUGUGACAGUGACACUUGGGUGUAGAGCUGAGGUGUACAGAUGCUGUAUAAUAUUUGCUCCUGCUACAUCACCCCACAGUAGUUGAUGGGGACUGUAAGCAAUUUGAUUGCUUCCCUUCUAUUUAAAAAUAGCCACAAAAUAACAAAAAAUACUGAAAAUAUAUUACCCUUUUUUGCUGUAACUUUUUAAAAGUUUUGACUUUUAAAAGUUUACAAAUCCUAAUUAGAAGUGCUCUCUAUUUUUUUUUUUUAAUUUAAGACAAGGUAACGGUGAAAGCUCCUCAAACAAUAGGGAUGUUUUUAAUAAACUCUAUUUUCGUAACAAAC